UAGACGUUCCCACCUGGCCAAUGGAAUAUUGCAAGUGCGGGAGGUCUGUAGGAGAGAACCAAUGGCGCAGUGCCAAUAACAAGCAUCGGGGUAAGGGCGGGACAAAACUGUUAGCUGGAGGGAGGGGAAGGCCCAGGGAACCAAGCAGCGCUGCCGCCGCCGCUGUAGCUUGAGUUGGAGGAGGGAGAAGCCAGGAAGAAAAUGGCGGCUGUGGCUGCAGAGGCGGCAGCGACUGCAGCGUCCCCCGGGGAGGGGGGCGCCGGCGAGGCCGAGCCGGAGAUGGAGCCCAUUCCCGGCAGCGAGGCCGGCACUGACCCCCUCCCGGUCACGGCCACUGAAGCAUCUGUGCCGGACGGCGAGGCCGACGGGCAGCAGUCCUCUCCUCAGGCCGACGAGCCGCCGUUCCCGCCGCCGCCGCCGCCGCCGCCGCCGCCGGGGGAGCUAGCCCGCAGCCCGGAGGCGGCGGGGCCGGAGCUGCAGCCUGAGGAGAAGCUGCCCGCCCGGGUGGUGGAGCCGGCGGCAGCCGCGCCACAGGAAGGGCCUGGCCUUUCACCUUCCCCUGCAUCGCCGCCCGAGGAGCCCGCGGCUCCGGAGGAACGCCAGGAACCGCCGCUGCCGCUGCCCCAGCCCUCAGCCCCGGCGCUCGUGCCGCCGGCGGGCGGGGACUCAGCGGUGUCGCAACUGAUCCCCGGUUCGGAGGUGCGGGUCACGCUGGACCACAUCAUUGAGGACGCGCUCGUCGUGUCGUUCCGCCUCGGGGAGAAGCUUUUCUCCGGGGUCCUCAUGGAUCUGUCCAAAAGGUUUGGGCCCCAUGGGAUCCCUGUGACAGUAUUUCCCAAAAGGGAAUAUAAGGAUAAACCUGAAGCCAUGCAGCUCCAAAAUAAUACAUUCCAAGAAGGGACAGAUGUCAAGCGUGAAGUGAAUGGUGCUGUUCCCGAAGACCCUUCUCCUGUCCCGCCUCCUGAGCUGAGCUUGGCCGAAAGCCUGUGGACUUCCAAACCACCACCUCUCUUCCAUGAAGGAGCACCUUAUCCUCCCCCUUUGUUUAUCAGGGACACAUAUAACCAAUCAAUACCUCAGCCACCUCCUCGGAAAAUUAAGCGACCCAAACGAAAAAUGUACAGGGAAGAACCUACUUCAAUAAUGAAUGCUAUUAAACUACGACCCAGGCAAGUCUUGUGUGACAAGUGUAAAAACAGUGUCGUUGCUGAAAAAAAAGAAAUUAGAAAAGGUAGUAGUGCAAGUGACUCUUCUAAAUAUGAAGAUAAAAAACGGAGAAAUGAAAGUGUAACUACUGUGAACAAAAAACUGAAAACUGACCAUAAGGUGGAUGGGAAAAACCAAAAUGAAAGCCAGAAAAGAAGUGCUGUGGUUAAGGUUUCAAAUAUUGCUCACAGCAGAGGCAGAGUAGUCAAAGUUUCUGCUCAGGCAAAUACAUCAAAAGCUCAGUUAAGUACUAAAAAAGUGCUCCAGAAUAAGAACAUGGAUCAUGCAAAAGCUCGGGAAGUGCUGAAAAUUGCCAAAGAAAAGGCACAGAAGAAGCAAAGUGAAACCUCUGCGUCCAAAAAUGCACAUUCAAAAGUCCAUUUCACACGUCGAUACCAGAAUCCUAGCUCAGGUUCCCUUCCACCCCGGGUUCGUUUAAAACCACAGAGGUACAGGAAUGAAGAAAAUGACUCUUCUCUGAAGACAGGACUGGAGAAAAUGCGGAGUGGCAAGAUGGCACCAAAGCCCCAGUCCCGCUGCACCUCUACCCGCUCAGCAGGUGAGGCCCCUUCAGAAAAUCAGAGUCCCUCCAAAGGCCCUGAAGAGGCCAGCAGUGAGGUUCAGGACACAACUGAAGUGCUUGUGCCUGGUGAGCAGGAUGAACCACAGACACUGGGCAAAAAGGGCAGCAAAAGCAAUGUCUCUGUUUACAUGACCCUAAAUCAAAAGAAAUCUGACUCUUCCAGUGCUUCAGUGUGUAGCAUUGAUAGCACAGAUGAUUUGAAAUCCUCCAACUCUGAGUGUAGUUCUGAAAGCUUUGAUUUUCCUCCAGGCUGUAUGCAUGCACCUUCCACAUCCUCUACUUCCUCCUCUUCAAAGGAAGAGAAAAAGCUCAGUAAUUCCUUGAAAAUGAAAGUCUUUUCCAAAAACGUCUCUAAGUGCGUCACACCAGAUGGCAGGACCAUAUGUGUAGGGGACAUUGUUUGGGCCAAGAUAUAUGGCUUCCCCUGGUGGCCAGCCCGUAUUCUUACUAUAACUGUGAGCCGGAAAGAUAACGGCCUUUUAGUCCGACAGGAGGCCCGUAUUUCAUGGUUCGGGUCUCCAACAACAUCUUUCCUGGCUCUUUCGCAACUCUCCCCCUUUUUAGAAAACUUCCAGUCACGCUUUAAUAAGAAGAGAAAGGGCCUGUAUCGCAAGGCUAUCACAGAGGCAGCUAAGGCUGCCAAACAGCUGACCCCUGAAGUGCGGGCUCUGUUGACACAGUUUGAAACGUGAACAUGGACAGUAAGGUAGGCAAGAACCUUUGGAAGGCGCCACAGAUUUUCUAGUCUAGUUAGGGGUAACUUCUACGAGAUAGCUUGGCCAAGUUGGAGAGAGAACUUGCACUCAGUUGGCUGCUUUUUUAUACUUAACCUUACAGCCAUUUUUAGACUGAGAAGCUUAAACUGAACAAGCAAUCAAAUUUUGUCUUAAGGAAGUGAGAUUUUAGUAUUUUUCAGUUUUGAAGUCUAAAACCACCCCAAGGCAUAGGAGCCAUAGCCUCAACUGAAAAUGAAUUUUUGCAGGGACUGUUAAUUGCCAUUUGUACCUAGUACUGUGUGUAUGUGUAUAUGUAUAUACACACAUGUAAAUAUGUGUGUAUGCAUAGAUACAUACAUGUAUCAAAUAUAGCCUGUCACUGUGUGACACAGGUUGCAUAUCUGGGAUCAUAGUAAAGGGCCGGUGAGCUAGGGGGAAUAGGAUAUUUAAUGACUACUUGUUUUUUAAUUAAUGAACACUUAGCCUUUCUAUGUGCAUAAUGGCACGGGAGUUUGCUACUUAGAUGUUUGACAAACUGAGAUGCUUGCUGUUGAAUUGCACACUGGGGAAAUAGCCCAGUAUUUGGGAUUAAGACUGUCAAGGCUGGCUAGGUCUGAAUCAUCGCUCUCUCUCUUGUCCAGUGGGGACUUAACAAAAACUUUCAGACUUCUGGUUUGGGAGGUUAGAUAGGUUUGUCUUUGGAUAUGUAAAUAGGUGAUUGCUAAAUUUGGUCAGAUUUCUCCUGACUGGCUCUUCCUAAAUUCUUAGGAUACGUCCUGGUAAAUUACACUUUGUGAAUUAAUUGUCAUAUAUGUAAUUGUUGCAUUUUGGAUGUACCUAGUUUGAUAAUUUUUAAAAAUAUUUCCAUUUAAGGUAUCUGUUUGCAGGUCAGAAAAUGAGAAAAUGUAAUUGUGUAAUGCUCUGAAAUGUAAAAAAAAACAAGCUGUAAAUAAAAUCAACUAAAUCCAAAUUAUUUGUGUGUGUUUCUCAAAAAGCUUUGAAAAAUUUCAAGAUGGUAGAAAAUUAUUCUUUGUAAUAGUGUAUAGAGGAGAUGAAAAAAAUCACUUAUUUUCCUAUUUGCCCUAUCAGGGAGUAUAUAAUCUGAGCAUGAUAAAAUUCAAAUAAGUGACUAAUCAAUAUAUUCUUAAAAUGAGGUUUUGUAGUAUAGAGGUCUGAUAUGCUUCUAGACUUGACCCUCCUCCAGCCAAUUUCUCAUAAGUGUAUGGAUUUUAAUUAUUUUAUUUUUAGCUUUAAUAUUUCAUCACAUGCUUCUUUUUCUUCUUUUUUUACAUUUGUGUAAUUAAAAUCAAUCUCUUUUCUGCUUGAUCUUCUGCCUCAGGUAUCAUUGUUUUUGGGGCUUGUAACUUAGCUCACUGUUUUUCUACAUGGUCUAUCUGUCCCUAAGAUUUGAUUUCUUAUUUUCCAUUUUUAGCUUUGUAUUGUGAGUGAAAAAUCUGAUUGAUUGCCUGUGGAGGCAAGUUUGUCCCAAGAUUUUUUAAGUUGCUUUCAUAUUUUAGGCAUCCAACUUAGCUUUUAAAUGUGAUACAAUGUCAGUUUGACACUUUUGGAAACUUGGAACUUUUAAAGAGCAACUUUUUGUGGAUUUCUAAGUAAUGCAGUUUGAAAUAUCUUAGUUACUGUGGAAUUAAUUUUGAAAAGAUUAAUGGAGAUUGAAAAUCAGUAGUCUUCGGUCAGCUUCCUUAAGGUAAUGUACCGAUUUCUGCAAAAGCAGUGGAAUUUCUUCUGGGGAACUCAGUCAAUGCUUUUUGAUUAUAGUAAACACACAAUUUAAAAAAAUGUUUCACUUGAACAUAUUCUUUCCUGCAAACAGAAAUAAUUAUAGUAUUUUAAAAAUUCUUUGAUUAUAACAGGUUGAAAGAAGUUCAUAGUGUGAUUGAGGGGUUUUAAGGAAAUAUCUUAAAAGAUUUUCAGAGUAUUUGUUUCAGAUUAGUGAAUUUGUUCAUUCAGAUAUUUUCGAAAGUUUGAAAUCUAAGGUUCAGGAAGAUUGAAACCAGGCAAAGCCAAGAGUCACCUAAGUUAUGUAAUUCUAAGGCUUUGGGUAAUGAUCCAGGUGAGUUUUAUCCUAACAUAGAAGUGGUUUUGACAGUGGAUACUGCUGAUGUAGUUAAGUGCUUGGGCAAAUGUGCUCUUGUGGGAUAAACUAAAUUUGAUUUGUUUCAGAAGCCAUGGAGGAAAAAGAAGAAAGAAAAAGAUAAAAUCAUGAUUGUUGAGUAUAAAAGUAACACUUAAUUUGAUAUAGUCCAUACCUUUGAAGAAAAGGUUGAAGCAUAAUGACAAAUGUGCAUGAUCUCUUAUUAUUAUGCCAAAUAAUCCCUCUGUUUUAAACCAGCAGUCUGGCAUAUUUCAUCUGAAGUUUCAAUAGGGAAACAAGUUUGAAAGAAUUUCUGUAAUCUUUAAGAUGUACUGUGUGUUCUAAACACUAAACCAAUAGCUGCAUACUAGACAGUGUUUUCAAACAAAUUUCUUAAGCAGCUAAGAUAUAUUUGUCCAGUAUCCACUGUAGAUGGAGAUAGAGUUGAAUUGGGUAAUUGUAGCCAUUUUUCUCUUAUAUUUCUCUUUAACAACAACAAAAAAGGAGACACUGAACUCUUUAUAUGGAGAAAACCAAAUGGGUAUUUGUUUUCCCCCUUGCGGAAAGAAAACUAGGCUUAGGCCAGAUCUCUAGUGGUGUAAGAAAAGUGGUUAGAAUAGGAUUAGCAAGGGGGAGAAACUAAGGGAAGUAAGAGCUGUGAAAGCUAAAGAUUUCUUUAUUUCUAGAAAUCUUUGGAAAUGUAAAGCAUCAGAGUGUUUUUCAGUUUUCUAGAAUUUAUAGACCAGAAAAGGUCUGGUCUGUAAGUUUGGAAGGGACUCUUCAUAGAUGUGGAACCAGAGACCUGAGAUACCAGUGAGACCAAGAAAGUGGAAUUCACUAGUCUGAAGCCUAUUUACAGGACUAGAUGGUGUGUCCCUGCUUGGUUUUCUUGGGGAAAAUCUAUAAAUAGUAAUUUUAGAUUGGUACUUAGUAGAAAAGACAACAGACAGGAAUAUAGAUAUGAAGAUGGACUGUAGGCAAAGGAUAUGGAACUUACUAAAAUCAGCUAAAUGAGUAUCUUCAUUAGCGGGUUUGAAUUUCUAAUUUAAAAAUAGAGUUGCACCCCUGUUUGAGUGGUUGUACUUAUUACUAUUGGUUAUGUUGAAGAUACACAUUUACAUUCUUUUAUAUACAUAUACAUUCUUUAAUAUAAAAUAACUGAAUUGAGAAUUGGAAAUAAGAAACCUAUAAUUUGGAUCUAAAAUUAGAUUUUUCCUUUUAAGUUGUGAAUUUUUCUAUAGCUUGUGCUGCACUGGUUCACAUUUGGUAGUACUCAUAGCAGAGAGGAGAUUGGCAAAUGUCUAGAAAAGUUGAUAAUGUUUAAAUUCAGGACGAUGUUUUGAUCUGUAUCCAGUGAUGGCCUCCAAUAGGUAAUUUGCCAGAGAGAAUUCUGAAGACCCUGUUUCUAAGUUGGGACAAAUUUAGUGUUUGCUUUGGAAUUGUAUUAAUAUGGUUGCUAUUAAACAAUUAAAAUGCCUGAUAGAGGGAAUUCAAAAAUAGAACAGGAGGCUGGUGCUGUGCCAAUAGCCAGGAGAAAUAAAACAGCUAAGCUGCCUUAAUUACCUUUACCUGGUUCUGACUUAGUUACUAGGCUCUUAAUAUUCUGUAUUUAUAGUUUGUGUACAUUUACUGUACUCCAUUCAACAGAGUGAAUAGAAAUAAAAAAAUGAGCUUCAGUAAUUUAAGUGAUAUAGGUGAUCUAUAUAUUUUUAGUUUUCCAGGAUAUCUUGGUGUUUUUACCAUGGAUAGUUGAUACUGAGAUCAGAGGAGAAACAGCUCAACUCUUUUUUUUUAUUCUUUUUUUUUUUUAUUUUUUUUUUGUUUAUUCUUUACUCAAGUAAGAGAUAUAACCUUUAUAGACUCAAACAGGUUUUUUUUUCUGGUUUACUUUCUUUGGGACUUCAGGUGGAAAUCAUUUUUUCCUUCAUAUUAGUAGAGCAUUGUAAUUUGCUGGGGUUUUUUUGGUAUUUAAAAAAUUAUUAAAUAUACCUAACAUACAGUUUACCAUUUUUACCAUUUUUUAAAGUACAGUUCUGUGGCAGUAAGUACAUCCAUGUUGUUGUGUAGUCGUCACUACCAUCCAUCUGUAAUUUGUUUUUUCGAUAGAAAUCUUUUAAGUUUGGAUGGUAUUGUUCUGGCAGCCUGGCUUCCAGCGUUCCUUCCUAAUCAACCUGCAGUCCUGCACGGGGCUAACGGUGCCCCCAUUUUUAAGAACUAUCACUACCUCUUGGUAAAAUUUUUAGGUCAAUUAGUAUGACUGCAUUUACCUAUUAAAUACUCUUUAAGAGUAGGUUUUAGGUUAAAACCAUCGCCUCCUAACGACAAAAACAAUUUUGUGAAUAUGGAAACCAUUUAAAUGAUUUUAGUAAUGGAGUUAAUUAAAUUAGUUUCCGAAACUUUAAUUAUUUACAUACCAUCACACUCUUUACCAUAUUUUCAUAUGUGUACCGUUUUUCCACUUUUUAUGUCAGUACUACCAAUGGAAAACAAAUAUGCCUUGACAUGUAGAUAAUUCUAUUAAAAUUCUAAGAUCAUCUUGUACACUACACUUUGGUAGGAAAUACUGAAUUUUUAUAUCAUGCCUUAAAAUCCAUCUUGGAUAGAAUCAAAUUUUAAUGUAAUUAAUCUCUGAAAUCUCUAAUUGCCAAACUUGAAUUUUUUCUUAUAGAUUCCUAUGUUAGCAUAAAUUAAAGAUUGGUUGUGGGGAUAUGUAAAGGAAAUGAAGAAAACAGACUCAAAAGUUACCAGGAUUUAUCGUAAUAGUGAAUUUCUGAGUCAAAUUCUCAUUUUCAACUGAAUAAAUUACAUGGCUGUAGUAUAUGGUCUAAGCUGUGGGCCUUCCUCCGUUAGACACUUUGGUUUGUAAAACAAUUUCAUAAAACUUUAACGUUGAAAACUGGCCAGUUCUAAAAUUACUUGUCUUAAAAGUUGGUUUAAAAGUGCAUGAAAUAUUUCUUCUUUAAAUUCCUGAUAUUUGUAAGAUCUCGUUAAAAAUAAGUUGAAAACACAGCCAUUAUUUAAAUAUGGAAUUUUCCUUGUAUCAUAAGAAUGUGACAGUUAACCUUUUGUUGCCUUAGAAGUCUUAGUGCCAGAAACCUCCUUAUAAUUUUUUCUAUCCAGUGGGUAUCUAGAAGGAAUACCAGACACCCCAUAGCCAAAGUGUUAAGGCUGUGUUAUAAUCACACUUUUUCCUUUUCAUGUAAACUAAAAAACUUGUAAUUAUAACACAUAUCAAGUUUUAGCAAGAGCUUGCUUUUUGUUUUUUAAAUAUUUAAGAUAAUUUUGUAACCCUCAGUAUCCCUCACUUAGUUCUCUGCAGCACAAAGAUUCACUUAAAAUUAAAAGCUACUGAAAAGUCCUGGAAGGAGUACAUUUUUCCCCCCAGGUAAAGUAUAAUAGGUUUUUUUUGGCUUGCCUGGGGAGACUUUUUUUUUUUUUUAAAUAGAACUGUGAGAGGAUCAUCCUGUUCAGUGUAAAUGAUAGAAAUAGAUACUUAUGAGAAUGUAACUUGCCAGUGAUGCAGGUGAGUUGGAGUGUCCGUUAACAUUUUUGCACUAAUAGUGCUCGGUAUCAGUCUUUUUAUUGAGCAAAGGAUCAUUUUUUUGUGUGUGUGUGUGGUACGGGGGCCUCUCACUGUUGUGGCCUCUCCCUUUGCGGAGCACAGGCUCCGGACGCGCAGGCUCAGCCGCCAUGGCUCACGGGCCUAGCCGCUCCGCGGCAUGUGGGAUCUUCCCGGACCGGGGCACGAACCCGUGUCCCCUGCAUCGGCAGGCGGAUUCUCAACCACUGCGCCACCAGGGAAGACCCUAGGAUCAUUUUUUUUUUUCCACUUUUCAGGCACAUGGUUCAAAGUACAGGCUCUUGAGCCAGAUUUCCUAGGCAAAGCCUGACUUGGAUCUACCACUUACAAGCUGUGUGAUCCCAGGCAGGUUACCUCAGUGUCAUGAUCUGUGAGAUGGGGGAGAGAAAUAGUACCUCUUCAAAAGGUAAUUGUGAGAAUUUAAAUGUUUAAAGCAGUAAAGUGCCUGGCACAAGACUUACAUAAAUACUUGCUGUCAUUACCACAACUAGCGCUUUCUGUAUGUGGCAUAGAAAUUUCAUUCUGGUAGCUUUUGAUAGUAUCUUUCUUCAACAUACACGCAGUAUAAAUUUAAAAAAUGUUACAGCGAUGUUAGUCUUAUCUGAAAAUUCCAGUAAUCAUAGUAUGAUCAUCCACAGAGAUCUAGAAGUAGGCAUGGUCUGACUAGUCCCAACAGGCAUUUGUGGAGGGCACCUGGGUUGGAGGUCAUGGGGAACAUGGUGAGGGGAGAAGUCCACUGACAUUUCAACUCUUGAAUGAGGAAAAGGAAUUAUGAUUCAGACACUUACGUACUAAUGAUCAGUAACCAUCUCAGAAGCCCAGCACACCCCAGAUCCUUUCAAAGGCAUGAGAAGUAUCUGAGCUGGUGGGGCUCAGUGGAGUAGAGGUCCUCUUCCUCAGAGGAGGACUUUCCAAAGGUAUUAGAACCACAGAGCUGUACUUGUCAGCUUUUAAGUAGUGUAUUUUUGUACAGAUACUGUGUUUUCCUGGAACCCUGAUGUUUUAUUAUUUUAAUAUCUUGCCAAUGGUGAAAAAGUGGACAUUAAUUUGAACAUCCCCUUUUAUUGCCACUGGUAUGAUUAAGUAGAUUGUUUCCCAUUUCUAGGAGGGAAAUACCUCACAUUCCAAGGCCUUGAUCUGUGUGCGUCGUGGCCAUAUUUUCCAGAGGGUAGUCAUUUCUACCCAUGGCUCAUGUUUGAGAUGCUGUUGAUUACAAACCUAUUUUGUAGUGAUUCCCCCUUACCGUUUAG